GAGAAUUGUGCCUUCUUUUAACAUGGUCAGCAUCACCCAUUGUUCUUAUUCUCAAUGGGACUGAAGCCACAAGCUGCCCUUAGCAAAGAUGGCCAGUAUCUCCCAUUGUUCCUAAAGGGACUGAAGCCAGGCUGCUCUCAGAGAAGAUGGUGGCAUCCUUUGCUGUCAAGAGGCACAGAAAAGCACUGUUUGUUUGUGGAUUAGGAAAGCACUUACAACCAGCGAAGUUUUGGAAAAGAUCAGAUACCUACAUUGUUCAUGGCUCAAAUCACUCCGCCAAAGGACUCUUGAGAUUAAAUUUUAAUCCACUUUAAACAAACUCAGGAGCAACUGAAAGUCAAGAAAAUCUGUGGGUCAAGUGAGCUACAAAGGACUUCAGGCAAGCUCCAAAGAACAGACAUGGGGAUACUUUAUUCAGAGCCCAUUUGCCAGGCAGCUUAUGAUAAUGACUUCAAUCAAGUUCAACUGCUGCUGGAAGAGGAUAGCAAUUAUUUAAACAUUCAAGACAGCUUUGGUGGAGACACACCCCUAAUCUGUGCCUGCAGACAGGGACACAACAGAAUAGUCAGUUACCUUUUGAAAUGGAACGCUGAUGUGAACAUCAGAAACAAGAAAGAUCGCACAUGUUUGCAUUAUGCUGUGAGAAAACGGUUUCGUUUCCUUGACUACCUGCUCAUUAUCAUCCUAAUGCCUGUUCUGCUUAUUGGCUAUCUUAUCAUGGUAUCAAAAACUAAGCAGAAUGAAAACCUAAUCAAGAUGUUACUUCGAGCUGGCACAGAUGUUAAUGCUACAGACUAUUCUGGUAGCACAGCCCUUCACUAUGCCUGUGAAAUGAAAAAUCAGUCAGUUGUUCCUCUACUACUUGAAGCCCAUGCAGACCCUUCUAUAAAGAAUAAGGAGGCUCAUCCAUCACUAAUCAAAUGUCAAAAGGAAAGAACUGAUUUCUCACCACACACCAGAGACAUAAUGGGGAAUCUCCACUGGAUAUAGCGAGAAGAUUAAAGUUCACCAACAUUGAAUAUGUGUUAAAGAAGGCAUCGUAGUCCUUAAUGGGAUGAUGUUAAGGGUGUUAGGCAUGGGGAAAAAAAAAACAAACCCUACUUAUCUGGGCACUCCCUGUUGUACAGUAUCAAGAAUGCCAUGGAGACGUGUUUUUUUUUUUAAGAUUUGAUGUUUUCUGCAGACAUGUACUGUGUUAUAUCUACUGGUAUGCAGUCAGUACGUACAGCAUAUAAAAUACAUAGCCAUGUGG